AUGUCUUUUUUUUUGUUGUGUGGGAUAGACACAACCAGGUCGAUCACUGAGAUCUCCACAUGCGUACAAUACUCUGAGCCAUUGAUGCAGUUAAUGGCCUCAUUACCAAGUGAUGAGAAAGUUGUGCUUGUUGGUCAUAGCUUUGGUGGCUUGAGCUUAGCCAUAGUCAUGGAUAAGUUUCCUGAAACGAUCUCGGUCUCCGUCUUUUUGAGUGCUUUCAUGCCCGAUACAAAACACUCACCAUCCUUUGUCUUGGACAAGUUUGGAAGCAACAUGGCACCAGAGGCAUGGAUGGGCACCGAAUUCGAACCAUACGGCUCAGACAGUUCUGGGCUUAGUAUGUUCUUUAGCCAUGAGUUCAUGAAGCUAGGUCUCUAUCAGCUUUCUGCAGUUGAGGAUCUGGAACUGGGAUUGCUUUUAAAGAGACCUGGAUCCUUAUUUAUGAACGACUUAUCAAAGAUGAAGAACUUCUCAGAUGAAGGGUAUGGAUGUGUUCCUCGAGCUUACAUAGUGUGCAAAGAGGAUAGAGCCAUUCCAGAAGAAUUUCAAAAAUGGAUGAUCAAUAAUUAUCCGGCGAAUUUAUUGAAAGAGAUGGAACAGACUGAUCAUAUGCCAAUGUUAUGCAAGCCUCAGCAACUCUGUGAUCACUUCAUCGAAAUCGCCUACAAAUUCGAUUAA